CACUGGCGCGCCACUUGACGCUGACGCAGAUGGCUCUCCCGAUUCGCUAGAGUUCUAUCAUGAGUUGGAGCUGUAUCGGCAGCUAUUGGCGCUACCUGCUCCUACGACAGCAUCGAAGCAGCUACCUCCGUCCGCUCCGGCCACGCCAGCCGUUGCACCUACACGUGGCCUACCACGGCGGGCUCGCACCCCAGAUCCAACCCCUCCGCGCACUUCACAAGAUGGCGCGCGGAAAGACAGUUAUUCCCGAUCUCCUGCGCCUCGUGCAACUCUACCAAGGCGUUUGCCACCAGCAGCGCACGUGCGUGCUGCUCGGUAUCUGGGUUCUUUCCCGACGGAGGGUGCGGCGAGUGCGGAAGUGGACACAGGGGCAGAUGGCGCAUCGGACAUGGAUACAGCCAGGUCACAUCGACUGUCCGAUCAGCUUCAUCAAUUGAAGGAAAGCGGGCAGGCGGCACCGGUGCUAGUGGUGAUCGCGCUCUCAGGGGUCAAGGUAUGCGACCCCGACGAUCAGAGAGUGCGCAUGUCGCAUGCUUUACGGCGUAUAUCUUAUGCGACAUGUGAAGCUGCGCGUGCGCUGUUCGCGUUUGUGGCGCGUGAGCCAAGACAGCCACACGCCAUUGCGCCUGCUCCAGCUGCGCUUGCGACGCCGUCGUUGACCAACGGCACGCCAGACGUGCGGCAGUACUGCCACGCCUUUGAGACUGAUACGCCCAACCAGGCGGAAGAAUUAAACACGUUAUUGGGAGAUGCGUUCCGAAUGGCGUUCGCGUCACAGUUACAGCCCUCCGCGCCGCUCUGGAGUAAGGAGCUAAGUAAUAGCGAGUGCGGUAUGGGUGUGCGUGCGCCCGACUCUCUGCCUGGCCUUGCGCGACAUUAUCCUCAAUGUCUAUCCCCAGCGAAAUGCAAUAUAAUGGGUGUGUCGCGUCUGGUAAACGAGCCAAGUCCCAGCAGUUCGGAGGAAUCCAGUUCUCCUACCGAAUUGACGAGCUACCGGCGGCUCGGCGAGCGUCUGGCCAGUGGUGGCGGCGGAUGUGGCAGGAAUGGGGAAGAACGCGCACCGCUUAUCAAGCGACUCGCGUUAGGACUGAGCGGCGCAUUGCUGCAGCCUUCCGAUGACGAUUCUACACCACUUGUUGCCGAUACUCCUACUACGCCCACCAAUAUUCCUCUGUGUUUAAACGGUGGUUACAUAAACGAGGCGUCAGAGGCAGAAGCUCGGACGCGAGAAAGCAACAGAGAGCCUCCAGCACCGCCACGCCGUCUUAUGGCUUCUGACAAUGUGAUGGAUAACAAUGCAUCCAGUCUAGUCAGUACUGACACCUUAGACGUUGAUUUUCGAAAAUGUAAUAAUAUAAACAAUUGUAGUCCGGGCGCUGCAUGUAGUAGGACCACAUCGUCAUCAUCAGGCGCGUCAUCGAGUGGUGCAUCGCACUGUUCACCCAACAAUAAUCCCCGUGUAGAGCCAGAACUUAAACAAGCACCCUGGUUCCAACAGGGUAUUCCUAGGGAGAUAGCAUUAGAAGUACUAUCAGGACAACCGGUGGGUGCCUUCCUCGUUCGCGGAAGCACAACGCAGCCAGCAUGUUACGCACUAUCAGUACGUGUACCAAGGGAUUUUCAACCUGCUGGCAUAGCACAUUAUCUGAUACUACGUACACCCAAGGGGUACAAAAUCAAGGGGUUCACGAAAGAGUUCACUUCGCUAAGUGCACUGGUAACGCAUCAUAGUGUGAUGCCAGAACUGCUGCCGGUGCCGCUACGGCUGCCUCGUCCCCCGCACCGGGCCCCAGCACCCUCACGGCGUGAUCACGCGGACAUCGACGCUCUCUCCCCGCACUCCACACCACAUCACACGCCUAGACACACACCCCGCCACACACCACACCAUACUUCACAUCAUAACACUCCGCACCAUAUACAUAAUUUCCUUACGCAGUUAGACGUUUAGACUGUUGAACAAGUGUUGUGAUAAGCACUAAAUAGACCUAUCUGACUAGAUUCCUCUGAAACUGGAACCCAAGAUAGGUUAUCAGAAUGUUUUGUUAUAUAAGCACUGAAAAAUCAAAACUAUAGUGGAAUUAGUAAAGGUGUAUGAUGGCCUCGAUGGGCGGGGCAGUCCGCUAAGCGAUCUCUUAAAAACAUUGUAAAUGUGUUUCAAGUGAUAUAUAAAUGGACGUGUGGUGUAUAUAAUAUGAAAUUGUGAUAUACACAACACGCUUCAUGUAAUUUCGAUUUUACGCAGCUGCAUUGUUUCCGCUCUUUAUCACAUUAUUGAAAACGAAGACAACGUUUGAAUAUGUGAUUUUAACUCGAUAAAUAACCCUUAAAUCACCGUUAAAAGUAAUGUGUCAAAAAUGAAACGUUGCUAAAGUUUAAGGUUAUAUUUACAAAGACAGCAAUAAAAACUAUAAAAAAAUAUGUAAUUUUGUAUAAAACCGACCGUAGUUUGCAGAAUAUCGUAUAAACUAAAGUGUAUGCUAACAUAUACUAACAUUG